GCUGCUUCGUUCGCCGCAGAAUCUUGCACAACUUUGUCAAGCUCGAACCGGCCACCAUCCGAGGCCUUUGUAGAUUCAGGCAGCAGAGCCCAGAAAACUGCAUCGGCCGGUCGGACAGAGCCCCUCCCUUCUCGCAAACACCAACGUCAUGCUCUGUCCGAGAGCACUCAGUGCGGCCCCGCGGCCCUGCCUUGUGCGCCACAUAUACGCUGCAAAGUGUCGACUACCAGCAGAUUAUUCCGGAUGGCGGCCCCCAGCAGCAUGGACACAGCCACCGCCAUCACAGCAGCAGUCGCGUGGCUUCAAGAAGCGGGGCUCGUUCAAGCCGAGGGUGCAGGGCGUGGUGAUAACGACCUCGACAGGAGAGGCGGAGCGGGCUGGCGCAAGAGGUUACGGCCCCAAGGGCGCAUAUGGGCGGGAUAAGGACAGACGGAAGAAGACGGCGACGACGCUCCUCGACAGGGAUCUCCUCGAUUACCCGCUCAUCCACCUCAAGGACAAUGAGGCGGGGACGCUCUCGGAGCCCAUGUCGCCGGAACUCCUGCUCGACGGCAUGGAUCUCGAGACGGAUACGCUCGUCUGCGUAUACCUCCCGUCCACCUCCAACGCGGGCGUAAACGCUGCGGCCGAGGCCGAGUCGGACGACGAAGAGACAGCCGAGACGGACGAGACACCGGAGACGCUAUCCAAAAGGCCGUCGAUCCCGAUCUGUGCCAUCAUGAACAAGGAAAAGUACCUGGAGCACGUCGAGAACGAACGCAAGGAGCAGCGGAUCCGGGACCUGGGCACCAAGGAGCUCGAGAUCGGCUGGACCAUCGACCAGCACGACCUGGGCCACAAGGUGCGCAGGCUGCGCGAGUUCCUGGGCAAGGGGUACACGGUGCGGGUCAUGUUUCUCCAGAGCAAGAAGAAGGGCAAGAAACGCUCGGCGAACAAUGAAAACGACAAUAGCGCUGCGGAGGUGGUCCGAGCCUUCGAGGAGGCCGCCACCGAGGUGCCGGGCGCAAAGCAGUGCAAGAGGCCAGAGGGUAGCAUGGACCGCACAUAUAUUCUGACGUUUGACGCCCCAGGAGUCAAGAAUUGGAAGAUGGCCAAAGGUGCUGCUGCACAGUCUGCUGACACAGAUAGCACUACCGACCCGGACAGUACUGCCGAGGAUGGCGCUGCCAGCUCCUCGUCUGCCUAGACCAUCCGGGCGGUUGGGUAUCAACGGGAUUAUGUCGUAAUCUAUCUGAUGUAUGAAUAUGACAUAUGAGAAAAUCAGCACGAGGGACAUCG